CGCGCCGAGCUCUCCGCACGCGUCUGUCUGUCCUUCCUUCUUUCCCUUCCCUCCCGCCAUGCCCGCCGACACGGGCAUGGAGAAACCCACCGCCUCGCCCAUCGCGGGGGCACCGGCCAGCGCCAGCCACACGCCGGAUAAACCGCGGAGCGCCAGCGAGCACCGGAAGGUAAAUGGCGGGUGCCGGUGGGGGAGCAGCAACGGUGGCGCUGGAUGGCGGCGAGCCCGCGGCCGGGCUGAGUCCUCCAAGCCCAUCAUGGAGAAGCGGCGCCGGGCGCGGAUCAAUGAGAGUCUGGGGCAGUUGAAGACCCUCAUCCUGGAUGCGCUCAAGAAGGAUAGCUCCAGGCACUCCAAGCUGGAGAAGGCGGACAUCCUGGAGAUGACCGUCAAGCACCUACGGAACCUUCAGCGGGCGCAGAUGACGGCCGCCCUCAGCGCCGACCCCACCGUCCUGGGCAAGUACCGAGCCGGAUUCAACGAGUGCAUGAACGAGGUGACCCGGUUCCUGUCCACCUGCGAAGGGGUGAACACCGACGUGCGCACCCGCCUCCUCAAUCACCUCUCGGCCUGCCUGAGUCAGAUCGUGGCCAUGAACUACCCACCGCCGCCACCUCCUCCACCCCCUCCGUCCAACCAGCCCGCACAUCUGGCGCAGCAACCCCUGCACGUCCAGCUGCCUCCCGCAGCAGCCGGAGCUGUGCCCGUGCCCUGCAAACUCAACCCCGCCGAAGCCUUAUCCCCCAAAGUCUACGGGGGUUUCCAGCUCGUCCCUGCAACCGAUGGCCAGUUUGCGUUCCUCAUCCCGAAUCCAGCCUUUCCUCCCAGCUCCGGACCAGUUAUUCCUCUCUAUGCCAACGCCAACGUCCCGGUGUCUGCGGGUGGUGGCUCUGGGAACCCGGCCACCCCCUCAGCAUCCCCGGUCCAGGGGUUAACAUCAUUUGGGGGCAGCAUUGUUCCAGCGUCCCAGGCGGGGAGUCCCAUCGGAGAGCGCAGUGAAUCCGUCUGGAGGCCUUGGUGACUCUGCCUAAAUCAUUCCCCUCCCUUUAAAAAAAAAAAAAAAAAAAAAAAAAUCCCCUAAAACUCCUCGUUGGCUCCGUUGUAUGGAGCCCUGUUAUCUUUGGGGGGCUUUUUUUUUUUCUUUUUUUUAAAAAAAACCAGAUUUAAACAAGAAAGGAAAAAAAAAAAAGGACCUCGCUAUGAACGUGCUAUUUAUUAUUUUCAGAGGUUGGGAUCUCGACUUGUAUUUUUACUCCUUCAAAAUGCCUUUAUUUGAGAUACUUUUUUUUAAAAAAAUAAAUAAAUGAGAAAUAGUUUUGUAACAAAUAUUCAAAAGUAUAAUGCCAAAGUUGUUUGUAUCCUGUUUGUCUGCGUGUGUGUGUGUGGCUGUGUUGGAGACUUCCAAAAAAGAAAAAAUAAGGAAAAAAAACCCACAACAUUGCAGGUGUUUAAAUAAAUAAACUCUUUUGAAAUAGA